AUGCCUCCUCCUCGCGUCCGUCUCCUGUUGCUCACCACCGUACUCUUCUUCGUCUUCCAGAUUUGUUCAGCGCAGGGCACUGACAAUGAUAAUCAGAAGAGUCUUCAGUUUGAUAACCCAAGUCUCCGGCAAGCCUACAUUGCAUUACAAGCAUGGAAAUCCGCCAUUUUUUCCGACCCAUUGAACUUCACUGUGAACUGGGUCGGCUCCAACGUCUGCUCCUACGUCGGAGUCUUCUGUGCUCCGUCACUCGCCAACGCCUCCAUGAAGGUGGUAGCCGGCAUUGACCUCAACCAUGCCGACAUCGCCGGUUACCUCCCAACGGAGCUUGGAUUCCUCACCGAUCUUGCACUCUUCCACCUCAACUCCAACCGCUUCUGCGGCAGUGUUCCGGCGACAUUCAGUCGCCUGAAACUCCUCCACGAGCUCGACCUCAGCAACAAUCGCUUCGUAGGUGGGUUCCCGGAGGUGGUUCUCUCUCUUCCUUCUCUCAAAUACCUUGACCUCCGUUUCAACGAGUUUGAGGGAGCAGUCCCUUUCAGGCUUUUCGACAAACACCUUGACGCCAUCUUUCUGAACGAUAACUGGUUCCGAUUUGGCAUUCCGGAGAACCUCGGAAACUCGCCGGUAUCCGUUCUGGUCUUCGCUAACAACAACCUCGGAGGCUGUAUUCCGGCGAGCAUCGGAAAAAUGGGCAAAACCCUAAACGAGAUCAUUCUCAUGAACGACAAUCUCACCGGUUGUCUUCCCUCUGAAAUCGGAAUGCUCAAGAAGCUCACGGUGUUGGACGUAAGUUUCAACCAUCUCCAAGGCCAGUUGCCGUCCACUGUCGGUGACAUGAGGAGCCUCGAGCAACUAGAUGUAGCGCACAACCGGUUCACCGGAGAUAUCCCUGCAGGUAUCUGCCAGCUGCCGAGGCUGCAGAACUUCACCUAUUCCUUUAACUACUUCACCGGAGAAGCACCUUCAUGUGCCGCGUUCUCGGCCGGCGGAAGGGCUGUUUCAGAUGGUCGGAAGAAUUGCAUUCCCGGAAAAACAGAUCAACGGUCUUCUCGGGAAUGCUCUUCCGACGUUUCCCGUCCGGUUGAUUGCAACAAGUUGAAAUGCGGCGGGAGAGUUAGUCCUUUUCCUGGUGAAGCACCGCCAUUUGUGUCUCCGGCACCGCCAAGGACAAAUAGAAGGCCGCGUUUUCCAAGUCCACCAACACCAAGGGCAGCUCACGGACCGAGGCCAUUUAUCAAGCAAUCACCUCCUCCACCUUCAUCAAAGUCAUCGCCUUCUACUAGAGCACACCCACCACCACCACCAACUCUAUCAUCCAUUUCAGCUACACCGCCACCACCUCCAUCCAAGUAUCAUGCACCACUAUUCCCACCGCAGAACUCCCCCAUUAUGCCGCCACCACCACCACCACCACCACCAGUUGACUACGUGCCAUCAGACCCUAAGACAUCGCCUCCGCCACCUGUAGAGAGCUCACCACCGUCAUAUCAUAGUUACACCCCAUCACCACCUCCACCAACAGAUGAGCAUUCAACAAGUCCAGCUCCAGCUCCAGUUCCAUCACCAGCAGAAUCCUCCCCACCCACCGAAGGUAACAGUGGGCCAUCGCCUCAAUCACAACCGUUGCCACCAGAGUCAUCCCAACCACUGCCACCAGAGUCAUGGCAGCCUCCGCCUCCGCCUAGUCACCAUUCUAUGCCGUCGCCAUUGGCAGCGCCACCAAUCCAAACACCUAGUUAUCAUCAUUCACAGUCACCCCCUCCUCCUACAUCACAUGGGCACAACCCACCAUCACUUCCCCAAAUUCCGCCACCACCCACUAUGUACUCGUUUUCAUCACCGCCACCGCCACCGCCACCAUUUCUUCCGCCUAUUACAGGUGUUUCAUAUGCAUCUCCUCCUCCCCCUCCCAUUCCCUACUAUUGAUGUUAGUAGAUUGUAUGCUUUUUCCACUCCCUCGGCUUUGCUAUCACAUUUCCAUACUAUGCAAAGAAAAUCAAAAAAACAAAGAAGGAAAAGAAAGUUGACAAGUUAUUUGCUGCUUUUCAGAAGAUGGCAAGUCGUAGUAAUCGGUUCCAUAAUUUGCAUUCUUCCGAUGCUCUUCCUUGUAUGUUGAGGGGGUAUUACUUGAGGAAUUAUAUAUUGAGCUUCAGUUUUGGGGGGUUUGUUUUUUCAUCUUUAUGCGUUAUUAUAAUUCAUUUGAUUUGAUAGGGGAAUAUGGGUGAGAUGGAAAUUAAUAUUGUAAUGUAUUUUCCAGGAAUUGUCUGUAGAAUUGCGAUUUAAUUAGGG